AUGCGAAAGCAGAAACGUACUUCUGCCUUGUCCUCCUCUGAAAAGGGAUGGUCAAGGGACUCGGGCUACAUUUCUCAGAUAUCCCUGCAAUAUGAAGCGCCAUACCCAGAUACUCAAGCAAGUAGCUCGUCAGACCUAGCGGAUGACAGGACGAGCUCAGCCGAAGACGAGUCCUCUGAUCGCCUCGGGCACGUACACUAUCAGUCUACAGGAGUAGGGACAGAUUUUAAAGGCACCAGUGGUUUUCCUCCGAUCGCCCUUGAUGAUACAUCAGGGCCAAGCGCUCAUCCCGCGCAAGAGACCUUUUCAUCAUAUACCGCAUAUCCAUCAGACGAUUCAGAUCUAUCUCCGAGGACUGAAAGUCCGGGAGCCGAAAACUUCGCUGACUCUAGCAGAACCAGCUAUUCAUCAGGACAAGACCUUUCCGAAUUUGAUUCGGAUGACCAAAAAAUUAGAACGAGUGCUCGCCGCCAGCAUUUAGCUGAGUUCUUUCGGAAGUACCCAUCUGGAUCUGCAGUCACUGAAAGUUCCACAUAUCCUCAAUCGAUGUUCGAAGAUCCUUUUGACAGAAAGUCGCCAACGGAAGCUUCCACAACUGGAGAGCUAGCCAUUAACGGAAUCCUCUUCGGAUUUGAUGAAGAAUCCGGAAUGCCCGUGGUUCUUCCUGAUUCCAUUCGAUCCGUCUCUCCGACGAAGUCUUCUCCCCCGACGAUCCUGGAUCAAUCAGUUGGUGACUUAGGCAGACAGAGCCUUUUCGACUCGUCUUCUUCCGACAAUACAUCUGCUGGUAACCAGAGUUCCGGAAGUAAAAACUCCGGGCAUAGCGUCUUUUAUUUGUCCAGCAGAUUGAAGAAAGGAGUUAGUAGUGCGUGGAGUAGAUUGAGCAACAAACCACUAGUGUGGCCUAGAAGAUGGUCCCAAAGUUUCGAAAAUCUAGCUUCUAAAUCCAGAUCAAGGGGCAAAAAGCCAAUUGACAAGAGUACCAUAAGGAUACUUCGUGACAGCGAAAACGAACGAUCAGAAUACCCAGCAGAGAACCAUACGUCCUUUCCCGUGAAUCCCGCUUUCUCAUUUUCAUUGCCACUCAUUCCUGAUAGUACCCUAUCUUCCAUCGAGUCACCUGAUCAGACUCCCAAUGACAGCUUCUCCAUUAAUAACAAAUCCUCCGACCCUAUCACUUCUCCAGGUGAACACAUGACUUGGGACGAGAUCUCUCGGAAAAUGAAAAAUGCUCGCGAAGAGAGCCAAGCUGCCACUAUGUCAGAAGCACGCCUCCGAUACGAGACUUCGAUGGCGGCUGCUGGACUAGAGACGGAGGAAGAGCGUAAAAUACCAAUUAUGAGAGAACGACUGUUAAGGUCCACAGGAAUGGAGGAUCCAGAGAUUGGGGCCAUGAGAGAGGAAUUAGGUACCUUGGAAUCUUAUUACCAUAGGUUUUGA